UAAUGGCGCCGGGCUGUGGGCGGCCUUGCCGCUAACACGACUUUGGGGGCCUCCGCAUCACCGCAGCGCUCAAUCCCGAAGGCUUGCGGGAUGAGCCGACAACCUCAGUCGCCGCCAGGAAGGAGGAGGAAGGAACGGAGGCGGCGAUAGAACAGGUGAAGCAACAGAAUGUGGAGCAACAAAGCAAAUGAGGUUCCCUUACAAAAUCCAAAGUUCUCCCAAAACAGGGAUUCCAUCAGAGAUUUAACAACAGCAUGGGAUGCUUUUUCACAAACAAAGGCAGCAUUACAGCAUAUUGAGAACAAAUUGGAAGUAGCUCCUAUUAGCACAGCCGCAUUGGAUUUGGUCAUGGAAAAAAAGCCAUCUAUUAGCACUACCAGGAAAAUAAGCAGGAAAGCCUGCAGGUCUUCCAGUCAAAACAAGGAAAGUGGUCUCCGCAGGCCUCUUCGUGCUACCACUUUGGAUAGCAACGUGAGUAAGAAUGGACAUGUUGAAUUUCGUCAGCCCCUGACUUGUGUCAGAGAUUCUCAGUGGUCACCAUCUUAUAAAACCUCUUGCCAAUUGGAGGCCAGAUGUCUGAAGCGUAAAGAAGCAGGGAAUAAAGCAGAAGGAAGUUGUAUGACCUAUGAAAAAGGAGAACCAGAUUUGCAUGGUAGAGAUUUGAAAAGCUCAUCUUCUACAGAUGAAACUGUUGUUCGAUAUUUGAAUGACCGUCCAGCAAUUGAUGCUUUGCAAAGUUCAGAUGUGGUGAGUCCUACAAAAUCAGAGGAAGAAAAAAGUGAAGAGUCCAGAGGAGAUGAAUAUACAAAAACAACUCCAAGUACAACGAUCCAAAAUGCUGAACUAAAAGAAUUACAGUUGGUAGAAUCAUCAGCUUCUUCUGCCAGUACCUCAAGUGCCCAUAGAUUAGAUAUUUUAAAGCAGCAUCAGCAUGAUGCUAAACUGGAAAAACUAAAAGAACGAAUUAGAAAGCAAUGGGAGUGUCCAGAAGAACUGACUAUCAGAGGACAUGAUCCUGAAUAUUCUGAUCAUCCUAUAACUGUUACAGCUCCUGAAAAUAUAGUGACUCCUAAAGUCAGAAAAGUGGCAGCUGCACCUCCAGCUCCCUCCUAUAAAGGUUUCAAUCCAUCAGAAGCCAAGAUUCGUACUCCUGAUGGAAAAGUAUGGUGUGAAGAGGAAUUUCUGAACCUCAGUAGAGAGUUAUGUCGAGAUUUAGAAUUCCAGUUGGCAGAAGAGGAUUUGACUGUGAUAAAGACAUCUACUGAAAGAAAGGAAAAAAAGGGACACAAACCAGUGCGUAAAACCCAGAAGGUUGCACAGCUCUCAAGUCCUGAUUCUAAACCAGGUGGUGCCAACACAAUAAGUACAACAUCCUGGCGGGAUGGACAAAGGCUAGCAAAGAAAAUACUGGGCCCAGCACCUAAACUAGAGCAGCCAAACACUCAGAUACUAUCCAGUGACAGGAAUGAAAAAGAUAAAUCCAUUACAUCUGCACCCUGCAUGGAAAUAACAGAAACUGACUGCAAUAUGCAUGUGCCUGUAAUACCCCUCUCGAAAUGUUCUGACCGUUCAUGGAGCAAAAUAAGAGCAAAGAAUAACCUGAAGAAAAAAGAUGCUGCUCCUCACAAUGGGGAACUGGGAAAUGAUCAUGUAAAUAAGGAUUUCUUGCCGGUAGAAAUCCGUGGGAUUCUUGAUGAUUUGCAGCUGGAUUCUGUACCUCAGGGUACAGAGGAGCAGAAUGAAAAAUGUCAGAAUCAGGAAUCAGAACCAUCUCCAUUUUCUAGAAGUCACAGUCCAGGCAAAAAAAAAUCAGACAAAGUUCCCAUCAGUGAAGACACUCAGGUUAUUUUAAAGAAACGUCACUAUGAUGCAGAUGAAGUGCGCCAGUAUAUUGUGAGACAGCAAGAGGAGAGGAAGAAGAGACAAAGUGAAGAAAAGAAAGCACAGAAGGAGGCAACAGAGCAAAAAAAUAAAAGACUUCAGGAACUUUACAAGAAACAGAAAGAUGCUGUUGCCAAUAAAACAAAGAUGACAUUAACAUCUGAAACAGUCACUAAACAAUUACAAGAAACUUACUCUAAAUUGUUACUGGAACAAACCUUGCUGGAGAAUCAAGCACCCUCUGUACAAGAAGUUCAGUCCAAACCUGGAUAUCAACCAUCUGGAGAAUCUGACAAAGAGAACAAGGCCCAGGAGCGCCCUGUUAGUGCAUCAUCCAGUAGUGAUAUGUCUCUCUCUGAACCUUCUCGUCCUCUUGUUAGGAGUAAUACACUGGAGCCUUUAAGGAUUCAUCCAGAGAAGCUGAGUUCAGUAGCCCAAGUUCCUUGCUCAAAAUCUGCUAUUUUGAAUGGAGCUCUUUUCUCUCAGCUUUUGUCUUUGGAUCACAUGGGUAUCUUGCAAAAGGACUUUGAAUCUGUAUCAACCAGGAGGAGCCACAACACAGCUGUGGGAUCCAUGUCUUCGACUCCUCAGCCAUUUAUGUCAUCUUCUGUACAACCCACCAUUAAUCAUUAUAAAAAUAAAUUGGACCGUAUUGAAGCCCUAAAGGCAACUGCAGCAUCUCUUUCAAACAGAAUUGAAAGUGAAGCGAAGAAAUUAGCUGGGGCUGGCAUUAACUAUGAAGCGGCAUGGGAUACUGGACGUGACUUGUUACAAGGAGAUCAAGGUGAUUCCUGCUGGGCAAAAGCCAGCAGCCCUCCUGUGAGAGAAGAAGAUGUCUUUUCAGCUAGGCUUCAGAAAAUGUUGGGAACCUGUAUUUCGCAUGCAAGUUUUGAUGAUAACCUUCCUGGAGUGGGAAAUCUUAAUGAGUUUAAAAAGCUCCCAGAGACUAUUAGUCCUCAUACAGCUGCUCUCAGUCUUCCAGGCAAUAAUAGACCUGAAGGAAUAUUAGGAAAUCUGCCUCAAAAGCAAACUUGUUCUGCUGGGCCUGAAAAUAAACCUGCAGCUCUGCAUGAUAGUGCGGGUUCCAUAAGCGAAGGUCUACUCAGCGAUGGCCUUCUCUCUGAGGAGGAAGGUGAAAAGCCUGAUAAUCCACCUUUGAAGAUUGCUGAGGUAUUAAAUGAAAAAGAGUUCUGUGUUGCAGAUAAAACUGUUUAUGAACCCAUAAAAGAAUUUCAGAAGGAGGCAGAGAAGUAUUUACCUAUUUUCACACAGAUUAGGAAUGGUCCGAGACCAUGGGAAGAACUCUCCAAGGGAAGUCCACACAGUGUCAUCAACAUCUUUACAAAAUCUUACCAGUUGUGUGGGAAAGGAUCUGAAGAAUAUGCAGGACAGGGUUCAUCAACACAGCGACCUUUACUUCCUGCCAUGAGCCCUCCAGCUAGCAUUGCUUCCUAUGAUGAUGAUUUCAUCUCAUCCCAGGGAAGUGGUCCAACAAUGGACAGAAAGCCUACAUCUGAGCACAGCACCACAAGCAGUACCAGCCUGAAAGAAGAGUUUGCCAGUAGAAAAUUUCCUUAUGAACCUCAAACUAUUGAAUUAAUCCAUCAUUCCUCAGGACCACUAUCUUCAGGUUCUUCUCGUACAUCUGCAUCUUCUAAAAGAAAAGGAAGAAAGGAAAAUCCAGAAUCAUUAAAUGGAUUUCCAAAUGCCUCUCUGUGGGAAGAAAGCAAAAUGUCCCCAGGAUCAGACUAUGGUUUGGAACAAGCAAAGCACUUACUAUCUAAUAAUGCAAUAUCUAACAGAGAACAAGAAGUGAACCCAGAUUCUGACAGUACUUUAGAGGAACUAUCUGGUCACUCAUUAAUGAGUCUCCCAGAUACAGUAAGAUCACCAAGAACUACAAGCUCUCCUCAGUCUCUGAACAUACAGAAAAAAACAGAUCCUGUAGCAAAUACGGUAGAAAAAAUUAAGUCUUUAAAUUCUUCAAGAACAGUAGCUUCUGGAUCUAAGCUAAAUCCUGCCUUCUCUGACUUAAGUAUUGGAAUCAACAGGACUGGAGCCAACAAUCUGAACGGCUCCAUGCGUUUCUCACCUGCUGGUCUCCAGCAUCGUAUGUCUGCAGAACUUAACUACCUAAGCACCAUUGAAGAGUCGGUACACCAAAUAUCUGAUAUAGAACGUGUACGGGGGAUAUCACUUGCACAGCAGGAAAGUGUUUCUCUGGCUCUAAUGUUAAAGACCCAGCAGCAGAAACAUGAGCGGGACUUGGCUCUUCUAAAGCUCAAGGCAGAGCAAGAGGUUUUGGAAAAUCAAAGGAAUCUGGAAGAGUCAAGACAAAAAGCAGCUCAGGCCCAUGCAGAAUCAUUACAUCAUUUGGCACAAUCACAGCAGGAGGCAGCUGAGGUUCUACAGGAGACCGCAUCUAAGAUUGCAACUCAUCAGCUAGAGACAGCUCUGCUGACUACAGAUGCUGCUCGUCAGAUACGUGAAAUGACAGAACUUGCACAUUUCCAGAUCUCUGAUGCAAUUGGUACUACUGCAGCUCCAAUUACUACAUUAUUUGACCAAGAAAGGAAGCACCAUUCAGCAUUCAUAAAGCAAUUAAAGCUUCACGAUAUGAACAGGAAAGCAGAUUCAAUCACCACCCCACCAGGUAAAGAGGAGACAAGUGACUCAAAGCAUCAUUAUUUGCGUACAUUUGAUAGCUAUUCAGAAUCAUCAAGAUCAAAGGCACAUGAUCACAGUAGUAGCAGCAGUCGUCAGGAAAGUCCAUCUUCCAAGGAGACCAAGAAACUUUCUCCUCGUGAAAAGCCAAGCAGCUCCAUUGAGGAGGAAGCUCCCACGGCAGUGAAUGAUUCACUGCAGAAUAACGGUAUCCCAUCCAUUCCUGAUGAGAGAGAUUCUACCUCUGUUGCAACAGAAUAUUCCCUGAAAUUUGAUGAGUCCAUGACAGAAGAUGAGAUCGAAGAACAAUCAUUCCGGUCUUUGUUGCCUUCGGAAAGCCACCGCCGGAUCAAUUUGAAGAAACUAGGUCACCAAGUUUAUUCUGAUGAGGAACCUUCUCCUGGAAAGCCUGCUCUGUCACCUAUUAAGGAGCUAAACCUACCAUUUUCAGGAGGACAAGACAGUUUUUCUAAAUUUACAAUGGAAAUGGUACGGCAGUACAUGAGAGAAGAAGAAAUGCGAGCAGCUCACCAGUCUUCGCUGCUCCGGCUACGUGAAAAAGCACUUAAAGAGAAGGUUAAGGCUGAACUAGCUUGGCUAGAGCACCAGAAAAGACAUUUGCGAGACAAAGGGGAAGAUGAUAAAAUGCCGCCUAUCCGAAAAAAGCAACGUGGCCUGCUUCUUAAACUUCAGCAGGAGAAGGCAGAAAUUAAGCGCCUUCAGGAAGCUAACAAGGCAGCUCGGAAGGAGAGGCAACUGAUCCUUAAACAGCAGGAAGAAAUUGAGCGGAUACGCCAAACCACUAUGAAAUUACAGGAAAAACUCAAGUCUGCAGGAGAGAAUAAGGAACACCGCAGUGAAGAUGAUAAAAAACAAACACAUUCCUCAAGCCCUCUGCCAACUGAUGCAGAGGGCUAUAGCCCUUCCUCCAUUUCCAGCUCUGAGACAAGUAGCAUCAUGCAGAAAUUAAAGAAAAUGCGGAGACGAAUGGAUGAGAAGUUCUUGACCAAGCGAGAGCAAAAACUGAUGCAGCGGCGUCAGCAUGCCGAGGAACUGCUGCAGUGGAAGCGACGUUUAGAUGCAGAAGAAGCAGAGAUACGUCAGAUAGAAAAACAAGCAUUGGCUGCUUGGGAAAAAGAGCUGCAUAAAACAAAAACAAAUAAAAAAGGAGCAGGAGAUCAGAAAUCUGAUCAAAAAGAGACAGCCAGCGAAGAAGACUCUUCAGUGCCACCUUGUUCUCGUCUAAAUAGCGAAAGCUCUGUCCCAGAAGAAUUGAGCAAUCUAGUCGUUGAGUCCCUUCCAUCAAAGGUUUCUGAGGAUCAAGGGCAGCGUGGAAUCCUAGAUCACACAGUAACUGAAGAAAUAGUUUAUACACAAGAACUAGAACCUGUUGCUUCCCCUGGAAAACAUUCUCCUUGCAAAAGUAGUGCAUCUCUAUCAAAGCAAGAGUCUAGCAAAGAAACACAGAGGUCUGGAGGAAAGCAACUGUCAUCUACAAAAUCCCAGGAUAUCUCCUAUAGUUGGUCUGAUGAGUCUUUAUCCAUGACUCAGUCAGAAACUACAUCUGAUCAAAGUGACAUUGAAAGCCGAAUCUGGGCUCUGAAAGAUGAAUUACGGAAAAGAAAGUCUGUUGUUUAUCAGCUGAAAAAAGAACAGAAGAAGAGGCACAAAGAGAGACUUAAAGCUCAAGAGGCAAGUUUGAUCAAACAGUUAGAGACUUAUGAUGAAUUCAUCAAGAAAACAGAAGAAGAAUUGAACCGGGACUUGGAGGCAACACCCACAGCUAAACCUCAAAUCAAAACUCUAUCCUCAGCUACUGAGAAACCAAAGAUCAAGCCACCACCACUUCAUAGGUCUGAAACAUCCAAGAGUUGGAAAUCACUCACUGAUUCUGAACGUUCUAGAGGAUCUUUGGAAUCCAUUGCAGAACACAUUGAUGCUGUGUCUCAUUCUGAAAAAUCCAUAUCUGCAAACACCAAGAAAUUCACUGAAGCAGAGAUUCAGGCAGAGCAGCAGUCUCCAACACCAUCCACAGUCCUUAAAACUCCAGGAAAAUCUACAGCAAAAUCUGAUGCUUUGGACAAUUUACUCUCAUCAGCUGUUCUCAGAGACUUAGGAGGCAUAAGCAAAAUAUCUCCCAUAUCACUGAACAAGUCUGAAGAUGCUGUGAGUUAUGAUUCUCCUCUAUCCACUAACAGAUCUAUGGUACAAAAGACAGCAGAAUCCAUAAAAUCAAAAGAAUUAGAGGCUGAAAUAGCUUCCAAAGCUUCUGAAAUAUCUGAUGCCUCAGGUUUUGACUUAAACCAAAAAACUUCACCUUCAGCUUCUUUAAAGACAGAUGUCCCUCCAGAGACUGAACUGUUGGAAAAGAAUCAAUUUGUCUUGGAAUGCAUAAGCGUGCAGGAAAUCAAGGAGAUGCCAGCUGAAAGGUUCAAGGAUGAUGAAAGUAUUAUAUCAGUUAAAUCCUCUGAUAGAAUGAGCAAGGAUAUACUGAAAGAUGGUUCCCUGGUUUCAGAACGUAUUUCCAUUUGCAAAGAGCCAUCAUAUUCUAAUGAUUUUGAAGAGUCGUCCUUAAGAAAAGAUGUAUCAAAAAAUGAGAUAGUUCUUACUGAAUAUUACAAAGAUAUUUUUGAUGCAUCUACAUUAUCUUUCAGACAAGAUACAAGAUCACAGGGAGAGAAGUCUUUGUAUACAAGAGCUUCUAGGAGUAGAUCUCCAAGUUUUGGAAGUGAUGAUGAAAUAAGCGAAUGUCUCAGUGAGAAAUCUUUGUCUGUGGCUGGUAGCAUUCAUUCAGAAAGAUUGUUAGAACUCAAAUCACCAACAGAAUUUGUGAAAAAUAAAGAGUGUGGUGAUGUGGAGAAAGAACCAGCAUGUGAUGAUUCAUCAGCUUGGGCUUCCAGUUUCAAGGCAUCAUCAGAAAAACAAGAAGAAAAUAUUUUGCUAGGUUUCAGCAUUGGUGACAGAGUUCUUGUGAGUAAUGUCCAGCCUGGAACAUUGAGGUUUAAGGGUCUGGCAAAUUUUGCCAAAGGGUUUUGGGCUGGUGUAGAGCUGGACAAGCCUGAAGGAAACAAUGAUGGCUCUUACAAUGGUAUACAAUAUUUUGCUUGUAAAGAAAAACAUGGUAUUUUUGCUCCUCCGCAAAAAAUAUCUCUUAUUUCAGAAAGUUUUGGCAAUGACAUGGAUUCAAGUGAAAAUUCUUUCUUUACACAUAAACUAGAAAAUCAACACAAAACAGAUCAGAAAAGCCCAGACAGGCAUGAAGAAGAAAUGAAUAAAGAAAGAAAUUCAAAUGAGAAAUCUCCAAGAGAAUCGUCUGCCUUAGAGGGCUCAACUGGAGCUGGAGAUUGUGUAAAACUCACCCAACAAAAGGGCUGUGUGGCAGCAGUUAUUAGUACCAUUGAAGAAUUUGAUCAAGAAACCAGCAUUUUUGACUCUCCCAAAUCCUCUAUAAAUGAUAACGGUAUGUUACCUACUGCUGUUUCUAAUAUCCACAAAGAAGAUUCUGCUAUUGUGGUAGAAGGGAUUUUGGACAGCAGCUUUCCUGAGAAAUGGAAGCAGCAGCCUGUUUGGCAGGAGCAAACAGAAAAGUCAAAUAGUCUUUCUCCCAGUAAUUUGGAGAAGUCUGCAACGCCACUUCUGGACUUGUUGACAAAAGAAAGAAGCCAACUGGAAGCACAACUUAAAAUCCCAUCCCAAGAGAAGGAAGAUCUACUAGAUCGACAGGAAAGGGUUGGCUUGUUGGCUGACAGUCUCCUGCAGGGUUUUGUGAAAGACACAGUCAGUCAAUUUCAGCAAAUCAAGAAGGCAAGAAAUGAGAAGAUCCAUUUUAGCAAUCAAGAACUCAGUGCUGUCCAAGAAAAGAAGUUGUCAGCUAAUGAUCAGCAGAGGUUUUUAGUUGUGUCUGAAUUGGAUGAUGGAGAAGAAGUGUCUUCCCCAGAUAUGUGUCCCAGGCCUGAAAGUCCUGUAUUUGGUGCCAGUGGACAGGAAGAACUUGCCAAGAGGCUGGCGGAACUGGAGCUUAGCCGGGAGUUUCUGAGUGUGUUAGGAGAUGACCAAGAUUGGUUUGAUGAGGAUUUUGGCUUGAGUUCACACAAGCUCCCUCAAAAACAAGCUGAAGAAUCAACAGUAUUACCUAAGACUGAACUGCCAAAAGUGUCCCCAAAGCCAUGUGAAGAACCCUUGGCUGUACCAUAUGUUGCAGAAGAGGUGGAGGAGUUGGUGCAUGCAGCAGCUGAGAAGCUAUGGAAAUGCAAAGAGUUGGGGCAUGAUCUUCAGGCUCUCAGCUUUCCCAGAGACAUGAAUGAACCCCCCAAACACGAUGACAUUGAAACUGUUAGUAAACAGAUCUACAAACAGGCUGUGUUUGAUUUAACAAGAGAGAUUUUUGGAGAAAUCUUUGCAGAAGAUCCAAAUUUGAAUCAGCCCUUAUGGAUGAAACCCAGCAGGAUCAUUUCUGGUUACUUCCGACGAGUAAAAAAUCCAAAUGAUCUUGAAGAAAUAAAAGUAGGACUUUUCAUAACAACGGAGAUCUUAAAGCUUUUAAAUUUGAGAAAGGAAUCAAACAAUAAAACAGACUGGCAGAAAAUGAUGAAAUUUGGACGCAAAAAACGGGAUAGAGUGGAUCACAUACUGGUGCAGGAAUUGCAUGAGGAAGAGGCUCAGUGGGUGAACUAUGAUGAAGAUGAGUUGUUUGUGAAGAUGCAACUAGCAGAUGGGAUUUUUGAGGCCUUAAUUAGAGAGACUAUUGAUCUCCUCAAUCAGAUCACUGAAAAACAGAAGUUGUUGCUUGUGUAACAUCAAACUAUAUUUUUCUCAAAAUGAUGCUGUUACUGGAGUACAGUAUGAUCUUAUGAUUGGCUGAGAAGUGACAGAACACCUCUUCUUCCUGUGCUGCCUUUGGAUCUCCUACACUGGAUUUCUUUCAGAAAGGCUCCCCCUCCCCCAAUAUGCUUUUGCCAAUUCAGUAUGUACAAUAAUACUUGGCACUUGUUCUUUUGAUAUGGCAGUUUGUAAAUGGUUGGGUUGGAGCACCAAGUACCCAAUGAUGGAAACUCAAGUUAUUAGUAAACAUUCUUCAUUUUAAUAACUGCUGUUCUAGUUUGUUUUAAGUGUAAUUUAUAAUUCUUUUAACUGACUUAACAAUUUAUAUGUCAGUCCAAACAAACAUCUACUCCUCACUCUUAUGUAAUUUCCAUCUUUCUGUCUCACUAUGAACCUAGUGUCAUUGGAUUAAUGCAUGAGGAUUUUAGAAGUCAUGCUCCUUUUCUUCAGCUAAAUUUUUAUUUCCACUGCUUAAAAGAUUAAUCUGGGCUAAUUUUUCUACUUUUCCACUAUAUAUGUUUUUCCUCAGUGAACCACCAGCUGCUCCUAAGUAAAUGGUACUCAGGAUUCUCUCAGGAUUUUAAUAUGUGAGAGUUAGGAAAAAAUGCUUACGUAAUGCGGGCCAUUGAUCCCUUUGAUUCCUCCCUUGCUUACCACCUUACUGUAAUGUACUGGUAAAACCAUUACUUGAACUAGCUAGGGUUAGGAAUGUAUGUACCAAAGAGAGUGAUACUCAGUGCUUGACUCUGGACCUGUUUUUUUUAUGCGUGUGACAUUUCUUCUAGCUUAUUUUAUAACUCCUAAGAAAUAAAUGUCUAGUGCUAUAUGAUUGCACUGCUAUAGGAUUUAAAACAUCAGAAUAUCUGUACAUUAGGAAUGCAUCUGUCUCAUAAAAAUGGGGAAUCAUACUGUGUACAAGCAAUCUAUCUGAGAGAGACAAGAGUCUACUAAGAUCCAAAUGCAUGUUUUUCAUUGUGGGGUAGAAACGGAUUGUGAAGAGGCAUAUCAAACUAAUGUACUUGGAAAUGGAAAUAGGAUGUCAAAAGCCGUUCUGCCAAGAUUUCCAUGACUGUUAGGGUGGGACCACUGUCAAACACAGUGUGGCUCAUACUGCCUCCAUUCUCCCGCCCCCAAAGAUUUCUCCAGAGAACACAAGAUAAUCUAGGCUUGACUACUGAUGCCUUAAUUUGAAAUCUAGAUUACUUGAGGAAACAUUGAAUCAGAGUGGAUUCAAAAUCUGUUUAUCCCAGCAGAGACAGCAUUCCAAAGCAUAGGAGGAGGCAUUCCAAAGACUCUAUGCACCAAUUUAUGCCCUUUUCCCUUUCAUCUUUAGUUUCUUGGUCUUCCAGUUAAGCAUACAUCUGCCAGUACUGUCUUGACCUCUUUUGAAACUUCUUGUGAUUUAUUUGCUGUUUGCACAGGAACACACAACCAAGAUAGCUCCUUUUAACCAGAAAAUAUACAAGAAAAUUGUUGGCAUACAAGCAGAGAUUCUCAUAUGUGGAUUGACAGAAUCACAUUUGUAACUUUGGGAUGAUUAAUUAUUGCUAUAAGGGCUAAAGGAACAAAAGACAGUGAGAAUAACUAGCACGUAUACUUACUAGCAUGUAAAUGCCAACUGUAAACCUGGUGGAGCAAGCUGCUAUGAGUUAAGUGUCACUUCAUACUGAACCUCAGAAUGUUCUUAAUGCAUGUUUAAUACCUAAGCAAAGUUGCUGUUUUUUUUCUUUAUUUUUGAACAAAUGAGGCCAUUUUCUAACAGUUUUAGGUUUACCAUUUUUGGGCCAGCCAUGUCUUUUUACCCACAUAGAUAAAUUAUGAGAAUCAAGGGAAUUAUCCAAGCAAAGAGGUGGGGGGAAGUCACCAACCAAACUGAUAGCUAUAUUGAUAAAAUAGAAAUAGAAUAUUGGCAUGCCCGAGGUUACUAAAACAAUAGUAAUAUGUACCGUAUAUUGCUUAUCUCAAAGUUGUUGCUGUGAUCCAUAGUCGUACAAAGGCUUCACCGCAACCAAACCUGGAGUAAAGGGGCUGACAUAUGGUAUAGAUUUAAAUUGAGAGAACUGUGGCUGUUACAGCAUUCUUUGUAAGGCAACGAUUACUUGGACAUGAAUCCAGGAAAAGUCUAGCCACAUCGUUUGGUGUUGAGGAAUGGUCUUCAAUAUUGCCUUACCAGCUCCAUAUACCAGAAAGGGCAAUCCAUUCAGGCCUUAUAUGGCAUUUUUCUUCUACCCCACAACUGCAUGUGGCAGGUUCUGGGAAUUCACUUUAUCCUUAAAGAUGCCUCAGAAUGCUGAUACCAUACAUCUCAACUAAGUUUCAGCUGAAUUGAUCUACCAGCUGAACUGCCUGUUACCAAAGUCGUACAAUCUCUGAUUUGGUGUAGGCCCUCAAGGGCUGUUACACUGGGAUUCUUGAGAAGGCAAUUCCUUUUUGGCUCAAGUGUAACUACCUAAUCUCAUCUUGCAACUGAAUAGACUGGGUGAAGAGGGUACCUGCAAAAUGAAAGGAGAAAGUGAGUAAGAGGGGGAAAGAGUGAAUGGCUACUUGCCUUAAAGAGCUGUUCUGGGCAACCCUCUUUUGCUUAACAGGCUGACACAUUAAUGAUGCAUUCCUGUUCCCAAAAUCCCCUUUCUGCUGCCUCUGUCCAAGAUGGCCCCAAAUAUUGAUUGCCUCUACAGUUUUUUUUCCUGCUAGGGAGGGGUUAUACUGAAGUUCUGUAUCAUAAAAAAGGGCUGGAGGUUUGCCCUCAAAUACCUGUUGAUUUGGGUGGUUAUGGCUACCAGAUUCAACCUUUGUACCACCUUGCAGGAACAGCUUAUCAUAGUUUUCUACAGUGCUUAAUUAUUCCUGCAAGUGAGAUUGGAGGGUCAUAUAUCUAUUCUGGAGAAUGCACCUGAAAACAUUUUGUGAGAUUCACUAGAAUACCUCUAGCUCACUUUGAGAGCUCCUGUGUGUGUAUAAAUAUGUAACACAUGCUAUUGUCACCCACAGAUUCAUGAAUUCAUAUAUCUGAGUGUCAUUUUCCAAAUGCUUUUUUAUUUGCAUGCAAAUACAGGCAUGACCAUUGUAUAUACUAAAUGUGAAAGUGAAUUUUAACAUAGUGUCGAGUGGAUUCUUUGGAUGGUUGUCCUUUUUCCAUCAUAGUUCAGAAUGGACAUAAAGCAGCACAGAGGAGUUUAAUCAUGACAAAGAAUCACUAUUGUCUUGGAGAGUAUAUCCUGAAUAUAUUGAAAUUAUAUUGUGACCAGCCACCAGAAUUGACUUCGGAGAAAAAUGCUGACAAUUUUGAGUCUAAAAGAAAGCAAUAUAUAGCACAACUAGAAAGUAGGGACUCUGUUGGUGCUGUUCUAUUCUGUAUUAAAGAAAUGAAUUAUUGAGGAAAAUUGCACACCCCAAAAUUUAUGCAAAUAUAAAGAGCAACAAUCCUUUGGAACAGUUCCUGAUCUAUAGAUUUAAGAUAAAAUCCUAAAGAUUUCCUGUUAAAGCUCAAUUUAAAUGCAAAAGCAUCACCAAGAAUGCCAUUGUACGUGCUCUUGUAUAAUUACCGUUUAUUUCAAAGGAGGCUUGAAUAGGAAAGUGGUUCCAUGGAUUGUAGCCUUUUCAAUGCUCCAGUCUCUCAGAAAACUUAACAAGGUUUUGUCACCUAUUUGGUGAGGGGGAGGAGGACAAAUGGAUGAUCUUCAAAAAUGUGGCCUUAGCAUUUUUGCAAUACUUGAAUAAAAGUGUGUAUUCACUAAAGAAAUUCCAUAGCACAGCAUUCAGAGACCUUUGAAGACACUGCACAGUAAAGCCUUUUUUUUUUCAGUCACGUUUGCUACUUAAUCAGAAUUGACUGACGUUCCAGCAGCAAAAACAGUUUUGACAGUUGUAAAGUAAUUCUUUGUAAAUUGUACAUUGUCAAUAUAAACAGGCAAAACUCAUCUGAGCUCAUUUGAAAUCUAAUGGAGAAAAGAAGGGUGAAUUGUAACACAUCGGAGUAAAUAAAAGUUUUGGGAGAGCCUUUGCUGUACCUUUGCAGAGUUGUCUUGGGGGAACUGUUCUUCCAUGCAUACUGUACUGCGCAGAUACUCAACUGCUCCUGCCUAUGUGUUUAUGUAAAUAACAUACUCAUAUAGGUUUCCAGGCCAAUUUCAGCCAAUGUAUGCACUUCUUUGUGCAGUUUGGCUUGGUAGAAUACAGGGUGUUAAAAGGUUCUUGUAAUUUUGAAAUGUAAAAUAUACCAGGAUAGUCUCUGUGUACACCGAUGUAAAUACCUUUGUUAUUUUGAGAUGUACUUUAAGAGAAUAAAGUCUGUAAAUAAAGUGAUUUAUAAAUUA